UCACCCAAGUGCCCAUGCAGCUCUCAUCUCGGUGCCUGUAUUGCUGUCCCCAAGUGCCUUGCACGGCUGUCCCCCGUGUGCCCGUUCAGGUCUCGCCCAGGUGGCCCCGGUGUCACCUGGGUGCCUGUACAGCUCUCACCCAGCUGCCCGUGCUGUUCCCACCGUCCCUGACUUCGGGGCUUUGAUCAAGCGGGCACCGCUCGCCACGGUCAUUGAUCCCCCAGCGUGGGGGAGAGGGCAAAGUUGAAUGUUCUGUGCCUGUUACGUGGCUGUCCCAGCAGCUCGCAGAGACAGCUCAUCCCAUUAGGGCUCCCCUUUUAUCCCGAAAAGCACACGCCAGGCACAGGCCAAUCUGCCUCCCGCUGGCGGCCGCGAAUUUGGUUGUUGAGCAGGAGAAAAGAAGGUGGAUGUGGCAGCCAUGGUGCAGCUCUUUGGCUACGUGGAUGUCACCGACACUGGCUUCAUUGUGGCUGUCCUCUCAAUCGCCUUCAACCCUUUCUUCUGGAAUGUGGUAGCCAGAUGGGAGCACAAAACAAGAGCACUCAGCCAAAUCUUCGGCUCUCCCCAUGCUGCCUGUUACUGCCUGGGUGCUGUGAUCCUGGUGCUGAACUGUGUGCGCAGCCACUGCUUCACAGAAGCCAUGAAGAGCCAGCCGAAGCUGGAGGGCUGGGACUGCCACUGGACCUACUACUCAGGCUUGGCCAUCUCGGCUGUGGGGACCUUGUUUGUCAUCUCCAGCUUCUUAGCACUGGGAUUCACCGGGACGUUCCUGGGUGAUUACUUUGGCAUCCUGAUGGAGGAAAAAGUGACCAGCUUCCCCUUCAGCAUCCUGGAUAACCCCAUGUACUGGGGCAGCACAGCCAUCUACCUGGGCUGGUCCCUCAUGCACGCCAGCCCAGCUGGCCUUUUGCUGACAGCUGUAGUGGCAAUUUCCUACACAAUCGCUGUGCUGUACGAGGGGCCUUUCACAGAGGAAAUCUAUCGGAAGAAGCAGAAGGGAGUGAAGAGCAAGUAGCCCCAGGGCACUCUCUGGGGUACCUCGUGCCUCUCCGGUCCCCACACGGUCUGAUUUGCCCAUUUUCCUACUGAGAUGUAUCCUACUAAUUAACCCAGCAACCCUUAAUGAGCCAGCUGAGCUCCCUGCAGCACUGGAAGUGACCAGAGGAACAGCCUGAGCGUGGUGGCAGCUCCUUGCCACAGCCCAUGGGAGAUGGAGGUCCCUGUCCCCAGGGCUCUGUCCCGGUCACUGCAGCUCCCGGGAGUUCCACAGUGUGGGACUUCCCCACCUCUUCUCCCACACUGAUUGCUGGAGAUCUGCAGGCAAAAAGGAAUUCCCUUUGGACUGGAGGGAAAGCAGAGUAAUGAUGGAAACACCGGGGGCCUUUCAUAAGUGAGCUCAGCGUGUCCUGAAGAUCAUCUGAAGGUGCAGCCUGAGAGCCACGAGAAGCAGACAAAGCUCAGCUCCAGCAGUGGAGAGAGCUCAGGAGCCCCUGAGGAUUCAAACACAGAUGGGGAAGGAACAGGGGAAGCUGCUGUGAGCUCAACAACAGCAAAACCUGCUGCAAAACCAAAAAGCAACCCCUUAUUUUUUUGGGACAGGAACCUCCCCAUCCAGAGCUGCAGUUUCUCAUCCAUGUAGAGCCCUGCAGCUUCUCCACACUAUUGCAAAGGCUCUGAGAAAAUUGACUGACAAGCACAGGAGUGUGAAUGUAUGACCUAAACCAGAGCCCAGGGGCAUGGAGGGAUGGCAGCUGUCCUAUGGGGAAGACCCAGCAUGGAGAAGACCCAGGGGAAGAGUCAAUCCCUGUCUGCACUUCACAGAUAUCCCACUCCUGGCCAUGUUGAUGCCCCAGCCCCUCCUUUUCCCUGGGUCCAGGGUCCUGCUGCCUUUCCCACCAGCCAGUGCCUUCCAGCUGUUUUCCACGGUCUUGCAGGGGCAGUGGGAGGGAGGGAAGAGAGGGCAAGGUUUGUUUCUGCCUUCCACACCGUGCAGCAGCCAGGUACAGAUGUGCCCCUCUGCCCCUGCCACCAGCCUGCCCCAAAACUGUCCAGUGCUGAAUCCUGCCUUGAACAGAAAGAUUCCAGAGGUGAUGCUCCAGCCCCAGGCUCUGUUUCCACAGAUUCCCAGAACAGUUUGAGAAAUGAACUGUAAAUGACCAAAUGAGCAGGUGCUGGAGAAGGGAGCUGUGCUGCUGCCAGCUCCACACGGGCACUGGAAUGUGGCACCACAUCUCAGCACCACACUGUCCCCUCCACAGAGGGUCCUCUCUCUUCUCAGUGUCACCUCCAUGAAACGGUUCCAUUUCCUUUUGCUUUUACACGUUGUAAUUAACUCACCCUCCGGGCAUUGCUCAGCAGAAUUAAAAGUGUUGGUCUCUUUUCA